UCAACUUUACAAAAACUGAAAUUGACAAACGGUCUCUUGUGUGGAAACUUUGUCACGACGACUGUAUCGCCGCAAAUCGACAGAAGGGGAGCAUGUAUCGUGACGAAAUGACGGCGAAGGACUAAGUGAGCGCGUACAGGCAACGAUGGUUCGCCUGAGGCGGCAUUUUUCCUUGUAAAAUGCAGUUUGUGUUGUAGUUGACUAGUGCUCCGCGCUCCCCCGUUCAGCGUCCCUCAACUCGCCUCACAGACAUGGAUGAAUAUGACGAGGAUCCGGGGCGCAGAGCGAGCAAACUGAUGGAAAACCUCUCCAUAUAUGACGUUUAUCAGGACGGGAUGUACGGGGAGCCGAACCCCGACAUGGAGAAAACUAAACGAAUGAAUGGCAGCUCCUCCACGCCCGGGAACAAAGUCUACGGCGCGGCUCCCGUGCGCUCCGUCAACGGUAGCCGACCCUCAGUGCCUCUGGAUUUCUGUUCUCCGCAAAGGGAAGCGGUUUAUCCCGAUCCCGAUGCGUACUGCACCAAAUCUGAAGUUGCCUUGCCGUGUUACAGCGGCGCGUCGGACCGUCUCAGGAGAUACACGCACGCCGAGGUGCAGGGGCACCGGUACAGCACUGGAUGCGCCUACGACGGGCUCAUUCUGGGGAAGCAGGUGCCCGUUCCGGGUGCGAGGAGCAACAGCUUAUGCAUGGCCAACCCUGAUGGCAGAUACGCAGCUACGAGCCCCCGGUCCAGUUUGGCUUCGUCUCACUCGUCGCAAGACCAGAGCAAGCACACCAGCCCGAGGUCGAGCAUCAGCAGCCCGCGGUCCAGCCUGGUGUCGCCCGGACAGGAGAAGUACUGCGAGGGGAACAGCGUGAUCAGCCCCCGGUCGAGUUACGCCAGCACGGCCAGCGACACCAGCAAACACUCCAGCCCCAGAACCAGCCUCAACAGCUACGACUGCGGGAGCAAACCGAGCAGUAACCGAACCAGCGGCAUCAGCAUGGGCUACGACCAGCGGCACAUCAGCCCCAGGUCGAGCACCACAAGCCCGCGUUCUAGCUACUCCGACUCUCGCUUCACGCCCGCGGGGAACCACGAGCCGGAGAGCGGGGCGAUGCACGGCAUCCCCAUGACCAGCCCCCGGUCCAGCAUCUGCAGCCAAGACGGCGGCGGAGCCCGACCCGCCGUGGCGGCCAACUGCGUGGUCAGCCCCCGCUCGAGCAUCUCCAGCCACAGCUCCAGGAGCUCGCGGAGCUCCCGGGGAUCCAUGAGCGCGUAUCCCGAGCUCCAGCUCCCCAUGCUGGGACCCGGCUUGCCGGAGGACGCGCUGCUGCAGGACUUCUCGGAGCCGAACGGCCUCCACAACAACCGCGUCCACCUCCAAACGUUUCCCGUGCUGGAGGAGCCGCAGCAGCAGAAUUCAGAUGUCAACCUUGCGUUUAGCUACGGGAAGAUGAGCACCGGGGCGCAGCGCUUAAAGCUGCCGUACCAGGUCACUCCAUCCCGGGACAGCGGCCCCAGUCAGGCGGAGCGGCGCCUGGAGGCCCUCACCCUGGAGCUGGAGAAAGAGCUCGAGAUGCACAUGAAAAAGGAAUAUUUUGGAAUCUGUGUAAAGUGUGGUAAAGGUGUUUAUGGAGCGAGUCAAGCGUGUCAGGCGAUGGGGAACCUGUAUCAUACAAACUGCUUCACCUGCUGCUCCUGUGGACGAAGGCUACGAGGAAAGGCUUUCUAUAACGUCAAUGGAAAGGUUUACUGUGAGGAAGACUUCCUGUAUUCCGGAUUCCAGCAGACGGCGGAAAAAUGCUUUGUGUGCGGUCACCUCAUCAUGGAGAUGAUCCUCCAGGCUCUGGGUAAGUCGUAUCACCCGGGCUGUUUCCGCUGUGUGGUUUGUAAGGAGGGUCUGGACGGUGUUCCUUUUACCGUGGAUGUGGAGAACAACAUCUACUGUGUGAAAGACUACCACACGGUUUUUGCUCCUAAAUGUGCCUCGUGUAACCAACCCAUCCUCCCAGCGCAGGGCUCAGAGGAGACCAUACGGGUGGUGUCUAUGGAUAAAGAUUACCAUGUGGAAUGCUAUCACUGUGAGGAUUGCGGUCUGCAGUUGAAUGAUGAAGAGGGGCAUCGCUGUUACCCGCUGGAUGGGCACUUGCUGUGCCACCGAUGCCACCUGCACCGGUUAAAAACCCCUCUACCGACCCACCCGCCCCCGAGUUACCCGCUUCACGUCACUGAACUGUGAACAAACCAACUCGCGCUGAACAUGAACGAUGAGCGAAAUGAAAUAAAGACAGAAGGAUCUGUCCUUCCCCUAAACAAUAAAUGGAAUCGGUCGUGCCUGUUCAACCACUUGUUUAGUGGUCAUUCGACCAUCCGGGGAGGCUUUUAUUAUUACUUUCAUCCCUCAUCACGGCAUCGAGGGGUUUUGACUCCGUUUAGGGGUCCAGCGUGAGGUCUUCAGCACUGCCGCAGGGGAGCGGAGGGCGACCCGUGCCUGUUUUUCCUCCUGAACGCCAAACAACAGCACUGAACACAGACUGAGAUAUGACUUCCUGUGCCUUCAUCAAAAUCCUGCGUCGAACAGGCCGUCACUGCCUUCGGGAUGCACCAUUUCUGUCUUUGUGCCAGAUAUUAGUGCCAAGCUGUCCAAGGGGUGGUUACAGGGACAGUUCACCUAAAAUAUAAAUUAUAAUAAUUUAUUCACCUCAUGUCAUUCUAAACCUGUAUGAGCUUUUCUUCCAAGGAAGAAAUUUAGUAAAACGACUUUAAGGUGCUGCAGGAAAAAAAUCAUAUGACUGCAAUCACUGGUCAGUUUUGAGACUAGUGGAAAGAAAUCCUCUAAAAUACACAUUUAAGUGUUUAUUUAUUACACUUCAUCUAUUUGCAACUGUAGACUUCAAUUCUAAUACAUAUUAAUACACAUUUUCUACACUUCAACAGUAUUUACACUAAACUUUACAGUUUUAUUCAUAUCUGUGUUCUGAGGGGUUUGUUCACAUAUAUAUUCACCUGAUAUAUAUUUAACAUUUUAAACCUAAAAACAUGAUUUUUUUUUUUUUUUUUGGCAGUAUUUUUUGAUUUAUGAAAAUAAAUUUCAGAAUCCCCUCUGUAAAAAUGUCAAAUUUUUAACCAGAAUAAAUUUUUAUCAUGGUUACAUAAACAUUCUGGUUGAUAAACAUUAAUAAAUAUAUAUUUGUAUUUUUAAUAAUAUAAAAUAAACUAUAAUAUGAAUAGAAACUAAAAUUUACACCAAAUUUUACAGUUUUAUUCGUAUCUGUGUUCUGAAGGAUUUUACAGAGGGGUUCAUAUAUGAUGUUCAUAUAUGAUUCACCUGCUAUAUAUUUAACAUUUUAAUACUAAAAACAUGAUUUUUUUUUUUCUAGCAGCAUUUUCUAAUUUAUGAAAAUAAAUGAGAAAUUCAAAAUCCUCUCUGUAAAAAUAUGGCAACAAAAAUCAAAUGAAUUUUAACCAGAAUAAAUUUUUAUUCUGGUUACAUAAACAUUCUGAUUUAAUAAACAUAAAAAAAAUAUUUUUAAUAAUAUAAAAUGAACUAUAAUAUAAAUAUAAACAAAAAUAAAAAUAUUUUUAAUAUUAAAGCAUUAAUUGCAAACUUGUAAUACAAAAUAUUUAAUGUACUGUAAUUAACCAACCGAGGAAAGUAUGGUGAUAUCUAUUAGUUAAAAUUUUCCUUAUUAACCUGUGGUUUCUUGCCUUAAGUUGUCUUUAAAUUGUUCAGGUUUGGAAUGAUAUGAGGAUGGCUAAAUAAUGGUGAACCGUCCCUUUAAGCAUCACUUUUAAUGGGAGCAAUGCACCGAACACUGAUGCAUCACUGGCACAACGGUGGCAUUUACUUCACCAGGUGACGUUGUAAAACCUGCUGCACAUAGAUGGACUAACAAAUGUAUAUUUUGCAGAGGUCUGACGUGAAUCUCUCUGGCCGGGGUCGGAGAGGCCGUUGCGACCCGACACCAGCAGAACAGGGUUGGAUCUGUGAACGCGGAGCAUCUACUCCGCCGAACUCUUACGUCGUGCUCUUCAGACACUGGUUUGUCUCUGGAUGAGGUGCCUUCCUGCCUUACAUAUUCCUAAACGUGGAGGAGACGCGCUGUGAUGCGUCUCAGGAGACUCUUAGGGGACUCUAGAGGUGUGCAGGGGUCAAAGGUCGAGCCUGGAUGUGCUGGACUCAACCAGGUUGGAGACCUGCUGCGUUUGUCCUGUGUUUGUGUGCGACACGUCGUCUUUAGCAGCUGCGAUGCAACGGAGCCGAAGGCAACAACAUUUUGCACAUGUUUGAAUAGUAGUAAAGUCAUGAAAUAACACAAGUAGAAGUCUGGGAAUGAUGUCUAGGUUAAAAGAACAAAAAUUACCUGUUGCUGGAAGCUUAAUCGCAUCAUGUCGCACCUGUUGAGGACAUAAGUGAGUGUGGAAAAGAGUCUGUGUGUGUGUAGUUUUGUAUAUGUUCAUGUACACUAGUGGCUGGGCCACUGUGUGUAUGAUAGUGUGUGUGUGUGUGUGUG